GGAAAAGCGAAGCGAAAAGGAACACGCUCACUCAACUCACUCGACAAUGCGCUAGCGAAAAAUAAAAGAAAAAAAGAAACACACACACACAAAUAAAUAUUUCUUACUAAAAAAGAAAAAAUAUAGUCCUUAUUCUCUGAGUUUCUCUCUCUCAUUUCCGUUACUUGUUUUACCAACUUAGUUUUUCACGCCUCUAACUCACUCCAAAUCGGUCACUUUCUUUCUUUCCUUUUCUUUUUCUGGUAGGGCUGAGUCAACUCGGUCAGAAAUCACAGUCCUAUGUUUUUGUUUUUGAGCUGUGGGUCGUGGAUUUUCCAUGGAAACAGUGGUUGAAGUUGAGGGGAGUGAUGAAGGGAAGUUUGAAGAGACUGGCCUUGAGAAAAGUAACUUGGUUUUAUCUUCACCAAAGCAUGUUGCUGAUCCGGUUGUUUACAAGCUCGUUCGGGUUUGUCACAAUCUGAGAACACAGAAGCUGAUACCGAAAAAUUAAGUGCACGCCUUGAGGAAACUGUCCCUACUAGGGCACAAGGGCUGAAUGAUGAUCAUGUUACUCAAUCUGGGAAUGUUGGGGAGUGCUCAAAACCUCUGGAUGGGCCAAUGGAAGGUGGAUCAUCAACUUCUGCAGGCUAUAUUAGUUCAAAACCUGAUUUUUCCAAGUUGAAGGGUGAAAUAUGCUUGGAUAAUUUAUCAAUUAAAGAACUUCAUGAAGUUUUCAAGGCAACAUUUGGGCGAGACACUACUGUCAAGGACAAGCAGUGGCUUAAAAGAAGGAUUGCCAUGGGAUUGACUAAUUCUUGUGAUGUUUCAACUACAACUUUUGUGAUUAAAGACAAUAAAUUGGUGAAAGAGGGUAAAGAAGAUAGUUCCAACAAUGUGAAUCUGCCUACUGGCAAAGAAUACCCGGCCGCCAGCAUUGAAUACCACGUGGACUUGCUGAAUAGCCAUGGUAGUCAAAUAGAUGAACUUCAAACUACUUCUGGGACGAGAUUGGGAAAUAAUGGUGUGGAAAACAAUUAUGCAAGUGAAGAUCUUGCUGCAGAUCAGAGAGCUGCUAAGAGAGUUCGGAAGCCAACAAAGCGGUAUAUUGAAGAACUUUCUGAAGCAGAGUCCAAAGAGUACAGUGGCAGGUUCAUUACUUCUACUAGAAACAUUGGGAUUAGACACUUGACUUCAAAAUCUCAUGUUAGGCCCGCCAGAAAUUUGUCCUUGGAAGGGAGAACUGUUAUCAUGAGGUUGGAUUCCCUUGGAGGAUCUGGGAUUCGGGUUCCGUGUGUUUGUCGGGUUCGAAGAAGCCGACCAAGGAAGAAUGUCAUGGCUCUUUUGAAAUUCCAUCCCAGUGGCAUGGGCAUGACAGCUACGUUUGUAAGGAAGGAUCUUGAUAUACGUAGUUCUUUAAUAGACAAUGGAAGUGUGAACAAACUUUUGGAAGUCAAAUCUUCUCCUGAGGAAACUCCACAGCAGUUUGUAACUGAAUCCAAGAAAGAGAAGCCAUCAGCCGAGCUAGGGCGGAAUAUGGGGCUAAAAUACGUAGAUCCAUCCGGAUAUACUUCAGAUGACAAUGUUGCUACUGUGCCAACGGCAAAAGGUGGAACUAGAAGGAAACAUCAUCGAGCUUGGACUCUCUCUGAGGUUAUGAAGCUAGUUGAGGGUGUGUCUAAGUAUGGAGCCGGCAGAUGGUCUGAGAUUAAAAGGCUUGCCUUUGCAUCCUAUUCAUAUAGAACCUCUGUUGAUCUAAAGGACAAAUGGAGGAAUCUGCUGAAAGCUAGCUUUGCCCUGACACCUGCGGACAAAGGGGUAAAUUCACGGAAACAUCCUUCGAUGCCCAUUCCUGCACCAAUUUUGUUGCGUGUGAGAGAGCUUGCUGAGAUGCAGGCACAGGUUCCGGCACCAAAUCCUAGUGCGAGCAAGUUGGCUGCAUGCGGUGGAAGUGUAAAUGAACCAAGACUAGGAUACUUGUAACAUUGUAAAUAAUAGAUUUUAACUGUCUAAACUAGAAAUAAGAUUAAUUCUCUGUACUAUCUAGAAAAACUGUACUCUUAAAAUUGAUGAUUUUGUUUGGUUUGGUCAGACGAGGAAUUUGAUGAACAUAAAUGCCGUGCUAACUAGGUAUUCU